AUGGACGACUCUAGCUACUACUUCACUGGAGAAGAACUAACAUUCUCACCUACUCUACCUCCAACCACCAUAGCAACAUCAACAAGAGAGGAUUCGCCAUCAACAGAAGUAGUCAAUCGCAAGCCCUUCACUAAGAACUAUGUCGAAUCGGCCAUUCAACAGACAUGCGCAACUAUGAUCAUUGAGAUGAUCUUCGCGUACCCUCGAAUGAUGACACGCCGCGAGACUCUUCCACCCUUUAUGCAUGCAUUUUCACCAGCCGACGAUACCGACAAUGCCCAAAACAAGCUACCUGGCCAUCUAGUCAAUUGUAUGGCAAUUGCGCAGCUGUUUGCAGUACGAACUGCCGACACGCAAUCAUUUGUUGGGACAACCAUUCAAGCAGAGAUAAGAGGCUUCAGGAGCCGUCUGAGUACGUUCAAUGCGUAUGACUCAAUGAGUGCGCUGCAAGCAUGUCUGCUGUAUCUGGUUAUACGAGCAGUGGAAGAUGCUCCCCAAGAGGCGAAAGAUGACAUUGAAAUGUUGUUAAUUUAUGAUAAUGUAUGCCAGCGUGCUAUGGAAACGGUCCAAGGAUCUUGUCAAACAACAAAUAAUAGCCCAGACCUGCGUUGGAAAGAUUGGAUCUUUAUGGAAUCUAUACGACGGAUUGGGUGUGUCUGGUUCGUGUUAGGCCUUGUCUUUCACAUCCGAACCGGCAAGCCAUGCUUCCUCACUGAUCACUACCGAGAAAUUUUGCUGCCUUGCACAAAAUCCGAAUGGGAAGCCAAAACAGAAGGAGAAUGGAAGAAGGAGAAUGAAAUUGCCGCAGCUAGUAAUGGUACUGCUUUGCAGACUUUCGGUGAUUUGAUAGACGCCCAUCGACACUUGCCGGGCUCUCAAAUGUUCGACAAAUUGGCUAGGUGGAACGCCGGCGUUGAUAACUUGGGGGUAAUGCUUAAUUUGGCUGUGCGUAUGGUUUGA